AUGAACAUUCUUAAAUGCUUAAUAAUUAAAAUCGCAAAGUUUGAUUUCUUAGAGAGUUUUAAUUACAACAAAUUCUUGGUUAUUAUAGUUUUUAUGUAAAUUUUAUUAAUAUUGUCUUGUUAAUUAUAUAACAGAUACAUCUUGUAAGAGGGAUAAUCAUGUCAAUAAGUUAUAAACUAAUAUAACUGAGUUUAAGGAAGAGAACAGUUACAAAAAUAAAAUCGAUGAGCAUCCACUUUAUUACAAUAAUUAAGUAGGAUAAUAUAAUUUGAUUAAAUAUCGAAAACCUAAAAUAAAAGAAUAAUCUUAAAGCAGAAGAUAAGAAUGGAUUCGAUAUUCCCUUUAAGAGUUGAAUCGGUAUGUCUUAUAUAGCAACAAAAUCCUUGUCACAAUGUUAAAUGAACAAAAUCAAUAAGUCUAAUGUAGAUUAUUGUUUUUACAUCUUAAUCUUAAACUCAGGAUUAAAUUGAUAUUAUUAAAAAGAACCUAAAUUCAGCACGAAGAAAUAGUUGUACAUUAAUCAAGUUCAAAUGCAAUACUUUAAAUAGUGUUUGAUCAUUAAUUUUGUGAAACUUAAUCGGAGGUAAAGCAGGUAGGUUUUAGUUUAUAAGGUGUAUUUUGUGUCCUAAUUAUUUUCAUGAAGAAUAAUCAUCACAAAAAUAAUUAGGGAUUCCAGUAGCUAUUAAAUUGUGUUUAAAAAUUGACUAAUUAUGUCAGUAGACCACUUGGAGAUUAUUGUUAAAAAUGAGAAAUUAGACACAAGUUAGUGGAGUAGCUAAUACAAUGAGGGG